AUAUAAUUCUAGCCCUCUAUCGACUUGUCGCAAACAAAUAUCAUUUCAAGUCAUUUCCCGUUAUUCUCCCGACCAAGCCGUCAAGGGGCACUACCAGCAGCCAUGGACUUCCUUAUUACGGAUAUUCAGGAGAAGGAGGUGACUGUACCGACAGCUCCAAGCUUCCCUCAGGUUAAAUCGACUACGACCGGCUUCCCCGAACACAAGAAGCGAACUCGGAUCUCAGCUUUCAAGCAAAAGCGACAGUCCGCAAAGCCAGAAGGAGACAAGCCAAAGGGAGACGAGCCAAAAGUUUUCACGACAGGGUCGAAGGAACCUCUUUCCUCACCGAGCCAAGAUGCGCAGCAGACAACGCGACCAGGAGAAGAUUUCAAAUCGAACGAGCAGCAAAGCAUAGAUCGCGAAAAUAAUGAUAGAAUAGCAUCGAUGUCACCAGAAGAGAUAGAGGCAGCCAGACAGGAGCUUUUCAACGGUCUAGACCCGUCUAUAAUCGAAAUGCUGCUCAAACGCGCCAACUUGGACGAAUCUACUGGGCCCUCACCUUUCGACCCUCCUAAUUCUACCUCACAAGAUACCUCCUCGGAUGCCAAGCCGAAGCAAGACCCCCCCAAGAUAGCGAUAGAGGAUACAUCUACUCAAUCGAAUAACAAUACACCCAAUAAGGAGCCCACAGAGCAGAGCGGAGCAGAACCAACCACAACCGACGGCUCUAAACGUGUACGAUGGGCCUCAGUAGCAGACGAGGAAGAGCAAGAAGCAAAAAUAAUCCCAGAGACAGAAUCGACAUCUGCCUCACAACUCUCCUCCGACAACAACGCCGCCGCACAGAACCCCCCCUCGGAAGAACCCACCGACCGCGAACAAACACCAGCUAAGCCGCACUGGCCGCAGCCUCCCCAACCUGGGGACCUCGACCCGCACGACCCCGACUUCCUCCAAAAGCUUCACGACAAGUACUUCCCAAGCCUGCCCGCGGACCCCUCGAAACUAGCCUGGAUGGCGCCCGUGCCGACGCCCAACUCGCCCGCCGACUACGACAGUCCGUACCAUCCGCAACAGGACUCCCUCCCCGUCUCCGUACUGCGCUUCGACUUCCGAGGGUCGCUACUCCCGCCGCGGAUCGCGCGCGCCGUCCCAGUGACCAAAGGCCUACACCACCACGGCGAAGCCCCCGAGGCCGCGGGGUACACGGUGCGGGAGCUAGCGCGCCUGUGUCGCAGCGCCGUUCCGGGCCAGAGGUGUGUCGCGUACCAGACCCUCGGUCGCAUUCUAUACCGGCUCGGGCGCGGAGAAUUUGGCGGGGCAGACUCCGCCGUCGCUCAAGGCAUAUGGGCGGAUGUAGAGGACGGCGCCGUCAUGCGCAGUUUAUACGAGGAGGCGGGAACCGAGGAGGGCAGAGGGCACCGCAGCGCAAGGGUAUUUGCUACGGAAGCGAUAUGGCUGUAUGAGAAGGGCGGGUGGAAGGAGCGUCUGCGGAAGGGCAAAUAGACGUAAAAACAGAAAAGGAAAGAAAAAAAAGAAACCCCGAUAAGUAUGUGGGAAGCGUACGUGCGAAGAAGUUAGCUAAUAUGAUAUGUAAUGAUGCAAUGAAGCAGAUAUAUACUCGAAAGUCGUA